AUUUAAACAUAAUAAAAACAUAAAAACUUUCAUGAUUUCAGAAAAACAAAGUGACCACAAGGGUCGGCCGUGCGUCGUGUGCCAUGGUGAUCACAGGGUGUAUGACUGCCCAACCUUUAGAAAGAUGUCAGUCGACGAGCGCUGGUCACGGGCGUCCAGUCUGAAGCUGUGCCAUGUCUGCCUCCGACCGGACCAUGAGACCCGUGCAUGCAAGUUAAAUGGCUGUCGCGUAUGUAGAAGACGACACAAUACAUACUUACACAACACACCAAAUAACGCUUCUUCUAGUGGAGCUAGCAAGGAACAGACAGUCCAGGCAACCAAUAGUGCUAUGGGAGAUGUCGCUUGCUCCUCCACUAUGCUAACUUCUGACAGUGCAGAGGUGCCAAACACCUUCACUGCUAAUACUUUGCUUACCAAUAGUGAAGCACUACUUUCGACAGCUCUAAUUGAAAUAGUUAACCCUUUCAAUAAUAAAAAAGAGACUGUUAAGUGUCUCUUAGAUAGCUGUUCGCAAUCGAACUAUCUUACUGAAGCAUUAAGACAACGUUUGCAACUUGAUCUUCAGCCUCUAACUGCCUCAAAUGUUACAGGAAUAGGAAAUACCCCUCUGACCUAUAAGCCUGUACGUUGUGCAGCCCAUAUUAAAUCUAAAUUAAGCGAUUUCAAUGCUAAUCUUGACUUUCUAGUUUUAGACCAAAUAACUGAUCGCUUCCCACAGAAAUAUGUUGAUGUUAGUCACCUUAACUUACCUGCUUAUAUACAACUUGCAGAUCCAACCUUUAAUGUUCCAGCCCAAAUUGAUAUGCUGUUGGGAGUGGAAAUGUUUUGGGCAAUAGUAACAGGUGCUGCAAAAACAUUGCCAACGAGCAAGCGCACCUACCUAAUCCCAUCUAAACUUGGGUGGCUUGUAGCUGGCCCGGUAGAGGGAGCUACUACGCAUAUAAACACAUCAACCACGCGUAGUCAUUUUUGUUUAGCUGAUCUGUCGACCCAGAUGACAAAGUUUUGGGAGACAGAGGAGCUGCCGCCAGAGGCAGACUCCAUCAAAAAUGGGAUUGAGUUCGACUCUCAUCCUAUAGAAAGACAUUUUGUGGACAAUACCUAUCGCCAAUCUGACGGCAGAUUUGUAGUGCGUUUACCUUUAAAAGACACACCAGACUGCUUAGGCAACACAUUUAACAUAGCUAAGAAGCGCUUACUUAACUUAGAAAAGCGUUUUAGUAAACAACCUGCGCUUAAAUCAAUGUACGUUGAUUUUAUAAAUGAAUAUAGAGAUUUAGGGCAUCUGUCGGAGUCUAGGCAAUGUUAUACAGCCAACCACCUCCCUCAUCACCCGGUGAUGAAGGAGAGUGAAUCUACUCGCUUAAGAACUGUAUUCAAUGCUAGUUGCCCAACCUCCUCUGGAUAUUCUAUCAAUGAUAUCCAGCUGGUAGGACCUAAUAUCCAAAACUCUCUGUUCGAUAUAUUGCUUAGAUUCCGUCAAUACAGGUAUGUGCUCUCCGGUGACAUAGAAAAACAGUACAGGCAAAUUUUAAUGAAUGAACUAGACAGAAACCUACAAGUGAUUCUAUGGCGCGAAGACGAGCACUUACCUAUACGCUCUCUCACUUUAAAUACCGUUACGUAUGGCUUUGCUUCAUCGAGCUGGUUAGCGGCUCGAUGUUUGUGGCAGUUAGGGGCUGAGAGCAAGGAUCCUUUGGUUAGGACCAUUAUACAAAAUGACUUUUACUGUGAUGACUUAUUAACAGGGGCAGACUCUGAAUCAGAGCUGCUUCAAAUACAAGCUGGCGUCUCACAGUCUUUAGCCUCUGGUUGCUUUAAUCUGCGUAAAUACCGUUCAAAUUCAAACGCGUUACUAAAGUCAGAUUUCAUUAAUCAAGAUGAUCAUCUAGCUUUGAGUCAAGCCUGUCAGACACUUGGACUAGGGUGGCAACCUAGCCAAGAUAUAUUAAAUUUUUCAAUUAAAAAUGAUCACUCUGAUGAAAAGGCCACAAAAAGAACAAUUUUAUCUAAAACCUUCCAAGUAUUUGAUCCCUUGGGUCUUUUAAGCCUAUGUACAGUCAAACCUAAAAUAUUAAUACAAACUUUGUGGAAAGAAGGCAAAUCUUGGGACGAACCAGUUUCUCCUGAAAUACAGCGAAUCUGGUCUCGAUUUAUUAAAAAUUUGCAUCACAUUAAAGCACUCAGUAUACCUAGAUAUGUAUUGUGCGAGGCACCCUCCACAAUAGAGUUGCAUUGCUUUUCUGACGCUGCAGAGACUGCAUAUGCAGCCUGCAUUUAUGUAAAAACUAUUUCUGACACGGGUGAACAACAAGUCCACCUGUUGUGUGCGAGAGACAGAAUAGCUCCUAUCCGGCACACAAGCAUACCGAAAUUAGAAUUAGCUGGAUGCUUGUUAGCGGCACAAACAUAUGCAGCCGUAGUAAGAGCCUGGAGGCGUCCUGUCUCUCGCACUAUAUUCUGGACUGACUCUAGCUGCUGCCUGGCUUGGCUAAAGACAGACAGAGCCAAACUUAAAACGUUUGUAGCAAACAGAGUGGCCGCUAUAGCCAGUCUCACGUCCGGAGCCACCUGGAGACAUGUGCCUACAAAAGAAAAUCCAAGUGAUCUUGCAACACGUGGUGUGGAUCCACAGCAUGUCUCUGGGAACGCUCUGUGGUGGGGGGGCCCCGAGUUUCUAUUAAAGCCUGAAAAGGAAUGGCCAGAGCUAAAUUCAGUAGAACCGGAGGUCUUGCCUGAACUCAAAGUAACGUCUAUGCUAACAAGCAUCGACAAUGAACCAUCUAUCAUAGAUUUUGAUAGAUUUUCAAAAUAUAAAAGGCUACAACAUACUGUGGCUUAUGUGCGCCGUUUCAUAAAUAAUUGUAAGCCUAGCCUGCCCAAACUAACUGGCUCGCUAUCGUCACAAGAACUUACAGACUCUUUACAUACUUUAGUUAAAAUUGCACAACAGCAGUCAUUUGCCUCUGAACUUGAAACGAUGCGCAAAGGUCACAGGUUGAGUCCUAGAUCACACGUUAUAACCUUGAACCCAUUUAUUGACUCACAAGGCCUCUUGAGAGUCGGGGGAAGGCUAGAUGCUUCAGAUUGUAGUUAUGAACAGAAGCAUCCCAUGUUGUUACAUGCUAAACACACACUAACCAAACUCAUUUUUACACAUGAACACAUACGUCUCCUACAUGCAGGACCACAGCUAUUGCUAUGCUCAGUGCGGGACUUGAUAUGGCCGGUCGGAGGCAGAAACCUCGCGAGAAGCACGGCCCACAAUUGUGUCACUUGUAAAAGAAUCGCUGGCCAAACUUUAAAAAAUAUAAUGGGCAAUUUACCAGCGCAACGCUUAAAUGCUGAUUUUCCAUUCACGUCAACAGCUGUAGACUUAGCCGGUCCUUAUUUAAUAACAGAUCGCCGUGGGCGUGGAUGUAAAAUCACGAAAUGUUAUCUGUGUCUAUUUAUAUGUUUAAGAUAUAAAUGUGUUCACUUAGAGGCUGUGAGCGACUUGUCUAAAGAUGCAUUUGUGCUAGCACUCCGCAGAUUUAUCGCCAGGCGCGGCAAACCUGCGGAGCUGUUUUGUGAUAAUGGUAGAAAUCUAGUAGCUGCAGCUAAAGAAAUAAAUGAUUUCUUUAAAUUGUAUGAAAACGAUAUAUCUGAAUUUGCAGCUGGUCAAGGUAUGAAAUUUAAAUUUGCACCAGCUUAUGCACCUAACUUUAAUGGCUACGCUGAGGCCGGCAUUAAAAGCGCUAAAUUUCACCUCAAACGAAUUUUGGGUAACACACAUCUCACCUUUGAAGAGCUUUCGUCUCUUUUUAGCCAAGUGGAGGCAAUUUUGAACAGUAGGCCUCUCUGCCCACUCUCCUCCUCCCCUAAUGACUUUUACCCCCUUACUCCCGGGCACUUUCUCAUUUGUAGGCCGCUCACGUCGCUGCCGUCGCCGCCCCUGCAGGACCGGAACCCGAACCGCCUGGACCGCUACCUGAGGCUGGAGCAGCUGCGGCAACACUUCUGGAAGCGCUGGUCGGCCGAGUUCGUGUCCCUGCAGCAGCAGCGCUACAAGUGGCGCGAGAGGCAGCGCGAUCUACGGCUGGGAGAACUCGUACUCAUCAAGGAGGAAGGCUUGCCGCCGUUGCUAUGGCGCAUGGGCAGAGUCGUCAAACUAUAUAACGGAAAGGAUGGCGUGCCACGCGUUGCAGACAUCAAUACCGCUAGAGGGAUAGUCAAGCGAGCGCUCAACCGAAUGUGCCCGCUGCUUGUACAACAGAGAGAGUCCUGAAAGAUGGAUCUUUCAGCGCCCCGGAGUAUGUUAGCGCUGUGGCAACACCGCUAGUUUUUCUACAACCAAUGAUUGAUGGAGAUGCGGCUCCAAUCUGCCAACAUAGACGACAGAACGGCGGCCAACCAGAGAGCGCGAUGCCAGCGCCGAAGUUUCGCAUAUGAGACGCAUCGACGUGCACCGCGACCCGAGCAUCGACCUCUUGCAUCUUAACCACUGAACUGAACGCGCGUGUCCUAGACAAAGAACCUGUAGUAACUUCUUGUAAUACACCAUUAAAAUAAUGGUACUUCUUUAAA